AUGUCGUUGCACGAUCCCAUAACCAGAAAAAGAGACGUUGAAGUGGAUACAAUCGAGGAGUUCCGAAGUAACAAGAGAUUGAGGAGUGAAAAAUUACCACAAUCGUCGUCAGAGAUGAUCUCCUCCAACAAGAGCGCCGCCGGCAACGACAAGACGAAAAGGUCAAUAAUGAGUCAACCGGAUAACGACUUUUCAAAGCAAAUGUUCUACCAAUAUGUCAAAACAGCAUUCACGUCCUUGGAGAAGGUAUGUGCCUUUAUAUGAAAAAUUUUUGUUCCCCUCGUUUUUUAUAUAUGUGACAUACUAACUCAAUUUUUUUUUGCCUAGGACGAUUCACUACAAAUCGACACAUUGACCGAUAAGAUCAACUUGCCUAGCUCGAGCCCGGAUGCAAUAACACUAGCUCAUUUUAGCAUCAUUUUGAAAGCGCUCAUCCACAACACGUCGAAGUUGGACAACAGAGCUUGCAGCAACUUGAUAUUUGCCAUCCUUCGAUAUAAAUGGUUGGAAGUUCAAGAGGAGAGCCUGGAAGAGUAUUCCAUCUUUAAGGACUUGUAUUCGCAUUUUCUCACUGUGUUGGUUAGUACUUUGCCCAAGUUUCUUAGUGAAGUGUUGAACAAGUUGGUUCAGGAGUUUGAAACAUUUAACCCGUCAGACGAGGUGCUACCCAGCCACCAUAUAGUCUUGCGAAAGAUACUCAAGUUUAUCCCGCUUAGUAUCAACUCGAUACCACAAAUCUUGCAGGGCAAUUUCCCUCACCAUAUCUCGUCUUCAACGUCAGAAGUUCUCAACUAUGUGCACAAUUUGUUGAAAAUCACAGAGUACAGUCCAGAGUUGCAGUUUAGUGUAUGGCAGUUGAUCGUUGAGUGUUGCAUUAAAAUCGACGUUGAGUUGCAGAAUGAGUUGGAUGAUUUAGAUGACGACGAAAUUGAGGAGCUAAUCAAUGGCAAAGAGGAUGACAUGGAAUUGCUUGCAAACUCAGACAAUGAUGAAGACGAAAAUAUACACCAUAGAAAAGAGGUGAAGGAUGUAGAGUCGCAAGGUGAAGAUGCCGAUGCCGAUGCCGAUGUUGACGGAGAGGUUGACGGAGAGGUUGAAUGGAUAGACCCAACUAAUUCGACCCAAAACAUCAAGCAAUUAUCGUCAAAGCUAGACAGUAUAGUGCAUUUGCUUUUAUCAACCACGUCAACUUCAUUUACCGAUGAAGAGAUAAGUAACGGCAAUGGUGUUACUCUUUUCAACACCAUAAAUUCUUUAUUUAAAAGUCACAUCCUACCUACACACUUCACCAAACUGAUUCAAUUCUUAUUAUUCCAUAUCACUCAAUACCAACCAGAGCUCGCUGAUUCAUUUUUGGUGCUCCUCAUUGAUGUUGCCUUUAAUCCGAGUGAAAUUGUCGAAAAAAGGUUGAAAGCCAUGCAAUAUCUUUCUUCCUACAUUGCUAGAGCCAAGAACUUGUCACGCCAUCAGAUCGUCUUCAUCGUGAGCUACUUGAUGGGGUGGAUCAACAAGUACAUCAUUGAGAGAGAACAGGAGACCUUGGACAGGGAAAAGGACAACAAGAAGAACAAGAACAACGAAUCAAACCGACAAACUGGAGGAAUGGAAAGAUUCAAGCUUUUCUACUCUGCAUUUCAGGCAUUGCUAUACAUCUUUUGCUUUCGACAUGAAACGUUGCGCAAGCAAGAUAAUAACUACACGGGAUCCGCCGAUUCAGAAUGGGAAUGCGACUUGGACAAGUUUUUCCAGCGCGUGAUCAUUGCCCGGUUCAACCCAUUGAAAUUCUGCGACGAGACCGUGGUCUACAUAUUUGCCAAACUCGCGACGAAAUUGAAUGUGUGUUACUGUUAUUCCAUCAUUGAGCAUAACAAGAGGGAGAGAAUGCUUCAAACUAAUGGGUCGGUGACGAUGCCUUCUGCAGUGGGGAAUUUCAAACAGAAACAGGAGUUUUUGGACCUAGAGGCGUAUUUCCCCUUUGACCCCCUCGUGUUGCCCAUGAGUAAGAAAAUCGUCGGCCGCAAUUUCGUUGAAUGGUCGGAGGUGAACCCUGAAGAAGAAGAUGACGAAGAUAGUGGGUCCGGUAGUCACAUGGACGACGACGAUGAUGAAGAAGAAGACGAUGAAGAUGAUGACGAAGAAGAGGAAGAUAGCAGCAGCGGAGAGGACGGAGAUAGUAGCAGCGACGAAGAAGAAGACGACGACGACGACGCUAUGGCUGAUGAAUGA